UUCAACUUUCCAAUGAGAAAAAAAGAAAAACAUCAUAAAGGAAAAUUGGACUCAAAUGCUUUUAACCUUAUAUAAAUCUUGAAGUAUAUCCAACUUGCACAUAAACUUAAAACUAAAUAUCAAUACUGAAAUACUGUUUGGAACCUUGAGUUGUUAAAGAUGAAGAGAGUAGCCUGGCUUCCUUCCCUGCUGCUCCUGAUAGUUACGUUGCAUACUUGUUUAUCUGAUGUUGAGUCUAAUUCUACAGCAGAAGCACUUGCGCUCCUCAAUUGGAAAGCCAGCCUUCUAUCCCUCACAAACCGUUCUGUUUUGCCUUCGUGGACUGUCUCGCCUGGAAAUGCACAAGCAAAUCCCUGCGGUUGGUUUGGGAUCCAUUGCAAGGGUGACAGCGUUUCCAGAAUCAAUCUUACGAGUUAUGGUGUAAAAGGUACAUUCCAUGCAUUUCCAUUCUCAUCUUUGCCUAAUCUUGAAGAGUUAGACCUUAGCAUCAAUGGACUUUUUGGCACAAUCCCACGUCAAAUCAAUCAACUCUCUAAUCUCACUUACCUUGAUUUAUCAUAUAAUCAGUUGUCUGGAAGAAUCCCACCUCAAAUUGGUCAACUUAUUCAUCUCAAGACCCUUCACCUUGUUCAAAACCUGUUGAAUGGCUCCAUUCCUGAGGAAAUAGGUCAGCUAGAGUCCCUCGAAGAGCUUGCCUUGCAAAACAACUAUCUAAAUGGUUCCAUCCCUUCUUCUUUGGGUAACUUGGCCAACCUGACCUACUUGUAUAUGUUAAAUAAUUCCCUUUCUGGUAACAUCCCUUCAGAAAUAGGAAAUCUUAGCAGCUUGCAGGAACUUUACAUUGACAACAACCAACUCGCAGGUUCCAUCCCUUCCACUUUUGGAAAACUAAAACACUUGAGAUUGCUCCACUUGUCCACUAACAGUCUUUCAGGAUCCAUCCCUUCUGAAUUUGGGCAUAUGGAAUCGCUGAAUGAAUUAGCACUUUUUAAAAACAAUCUAUCAGGUUUCAUCCCACCCUCACUCGGAAACUUGACUGAUCUGACCAUUCUCCAACUGUAUGAAAAUAAACUUUUUGGCCCCAUUCCUGAAGAGUUAGGGAACUUGAAAUUAUUGGUUUUCCUAGAGGUGAGUCAAAACCAACUCAAUGGUUCUAUUCCAUCUUCAUUUGCUAAUUUGAGCAACUUGGAAACUUUGUUCCUCCGAGACAACCAACUUUCCGGUCCCAUACCUCAAGAAAUAGGAAACCUCAUGAAAAUGUGGAUGUUGGAACUCGAUGGAAACCAGUUCACUGGGCAGCUGCCGCAAAACAUUUGCAGAGGUGGAACACUGGAAUAUUUCAUAGCCAAUGACAACCAUUUCAGAGGACCAAUACCCAAAGACUUGAAAAACUGCAGCAGCCUAAAAAGAGUGCGCCUGGAAAGAAAUAGACUGACUGGAAACAUAUCAGAAGAUUUCGGAGUCUAUUCAAGCUUGAAUUUUAUAAGCCUUAGUGACAAUGACUUUUAUGGUGAAAUUUCACUUCAGUGGGCGUCGUGCAAUAAUUUGAGCAGCCUACAGAUUGCCCGGAACAACAUCACUGGCAGAAUACCACCUGAGCUUGGAAACUCAGCUCAGCUUCAGGCUCUUGAUCUUUCUUCAAAUCAUUUAGUGGGGGAGAUUCCAAAGGAACUGACAAAAUUGACAUCUUUAACAAGGCUUAUUUUGUCAGGGAAUCAACUCUCUGGUGGUAUACCAAUGGAAGUUGGAUCUUUUUCCCAACUCGAGUAUCUUGAUUUGUCGGCAAACAGAUUGAGUCGGUCCAUCCCCGAGACUAUAGGGGAUAUGUUGAAAUUGUACUACUUGAAUUUGAGUAGUAACAAUUUCAGCCUUGGAAUUCCACGUCAGAUAGGCAAGUUAGUUCAAGUGAAUGAAUUAGAUCUGAGUCAUAACAUGCUUUCAGGGGAGAUUCCAACACAAUUUCAAUCUUUGCAGAGCUUGUCAACGUUGAACCUCUCUUACAAUAACCUCUCUGGUAGCAUCACCAUUUUCAAUGAGCUCCGAGGCUUGGUCCAAGUUGACAUAGCACAUAAUGAAUUGGAGGGUCCAAUUCCUGAUGUCCCAGCGUUUCAAAAUGCUUCAAUACAAGCAUUAGAAGGAAACAGGGGUUUGUGUGGCAAUGUUAGUGGGUUGAAACCUUGCAAGCUUUCUAAAAACGGCCACCACAAGUUACUGUACGCAAUCAUGCUUCCUCUGUUAGGAGCUGCUAUCCUUUCAAUUGCUAUUCUGGCUUUGUUUUUUGGCUUCAAAAAAAAAGGAAAAGAUGCAGAUGAAGAAAGGGAAAGCACCAAGACUGAUGAGAACCUCUUUGCAAUAUCGUCCGUCGAUGGAAGAUUGUUGUAUGCUGAGAUUAUAAGUGCUACUAAAAACUUUAAUUCUCAGUGCUGCAUUAGCAAGGGAGAAUACGGAAAUGUAUACCGAGUAGAAUUGUCAUCAGGUGAUAUUGUAGCUGUGAAGAAAGUCCUUCCACUGCAUGCUGAUGAAGUUAGCACUGCAAAAGAAUUCCAAAAUGAAGUAAUGGCGCUCAUAGAUAUACAGCAUGGGAAUAUUGUGAAGUUCUACGGGUUUUGUUGCUCUGCUGAACAAACAUUCUUGGUUUACAAAUACCUCGAAAAAGGUAGUUUGGCUACCAAUCUAAGCAAUGAUGAAACAGCAAAAGAAUUGGACUGGGAUAAAAGGCUGAAUAUUAUAAAUGGGGUUGCUUAUGCCCUGUCUUACUUGCACCAUGAUUGCUCACCACCAAUUGUCCAUCGAGACCUUACAAGCAACAAUGUUUUGCUCGACUUGGAAUUUGAAGCUCACAUUUCAGGUUUUGGCAUGGCUAAACUUCUCAAUCCAGACUCAUCUAAUUGGACAAAUCUUGCUGGAACAUAUGGAUAUGUCGCACCAGAGCUUGCCUACACAAUGAAGGUUACAGAAAAGUGUGAUGUUUAUAGUUUUGGAGUGUUGAUUCUGGAAGUUAUCGUGGGAGCACAUCCGGGUGAUUUGAUCGCCACGCUACCAUCUUCAUCCCUUGAAAUGCGGCUUCUGGUGAAAGAUGUCUUGGAUCAAAAGCCUUUACCUCCAUCAGCAUACAUUCAAGACAAACUAGUAUCUUUAAUGAAGAUUGCUUUUAUCUGUUUGGCUGACAAUCCACAUUCUAGACCAACCAUGUGUGCUGUUUCUCAGCUGUUAGCCAGCUGAAUCAUUUCCUUCCAAGGGUCUUACAUUGAAUUGCAGACUGCCAUGUACGUUGUUUCUCAGCUGUUACUCUUUGAAGUCCUAAUAUUUUUAUUGUUGUGUCAUUGCUGGUAUACAUGUAGAUUACUAAGGAAACUUUACCAGGUUUUCAUGUAUCAUAUUUAUGUUUGUAAGUGAUUUCCAAGCAAAUAGACCCCAUUAUGUAACUUAUUUUGAAAAAUGUAGAUUUGAUUUUAAUACUUCUCA